AUGGUGCUUAAAUUGUGUUACGCGACUAAAUUGUGUCAUGACCUAGUAAAUGAUACUGUAAGCGAACUUUGCGAUAAUAUUGAUCCACAGAAUCCGCAAAAUUUAUCUGCAUACAGAAGUGCAACAUUACUGGUUCGAGAAGAUAAGAGUUUCAAGUAUCCACAAGGAUUUGGAAAUUUGGAGGCAAACACUCAAUCAAUCGAGAAGAAAGUAACGGUGGAAUUGUGUGAUGUUAAUUGCGCUUCAGCAGAUUGUCUAUCUUGUAAUACGACUGACGUUAACUCUCAGGCAGUGUUGAAAAGGAAAAGGCUUUCUCUUUUGGCGAAAUAUUGUGACCCUGAUGUCACUCUAACAAAUUCGUGCAAUAAUACCGUCAUUCAAAAAGAUAUCUCGCUUUUGAAGCAAGAUGCUGCAUCAUCAAAUUCUAAAUCUCCAGCAGAGUAUGACGGUAACAAUCAAAUUGGCUUGAUUUGUACAAGUACUAGUGCAUGCAAUUCAAUUGGAUGUCAGUCAUCAUCUGAUGAGACUAAAAAAUCGUGCAAAGAUGAGUGUAAAAAGCAGUCCAUUGUCACACAACGCACUAUAAUUUAUCCAGAAAAUGGGUUAGAGCCAUGCUUCGCGAACAGCAUUUAUUGUUUUAAAUAUGAAAAUGUUAACAAUGUAGAAGUGGAGGAUAUGAAAGUGGCAAACUCAGUUGCUGAUCAGAAGAAGGAACAAAUAGACGCUGAUAAAGCAGUAUCGGUACUUAAUAUAAUGCUUCAACGGCAUCUAGCUAAUGGAAAUCAAAAUGGAUCUUUCAUUCAAACUAAAGAGCCAGUGAAUGGUUCUUAUUCAGUGCUAUCUGAAGAUAAAAUCACAAAAUUGGAUUCUGUGGAUUCUGCGAAAGACAGUCUACUGAAUGCUAAUAGAUGCGACUUGCCGUCAUCUUGCACAGAUUAUUUCUCUGUCAGUUCGGAGAGAAAGACGGAAGUAGCUAUGGAUUAUAAAACUGAAUGCGCAGCGCAAGAGCCAAAUGAGAAUUUCGAUCGAUAUAGUUCGGAAAAGAACGUUAAAAGUACCCCACUGAAGUGGUGCAGUGAUAGAUCUACAGUUCGUUACUCUCAGCAAGCAUUUUUCAGUGAUCGAAUGCCAAGAGGUCAGACGCGUAGACUUGCAUUACUGUUUGAAACUAUGAGUGAUGCUGCUUGCACAGAAAUGUUACGAGAAUAUGAUAACUUAAAGCGUCGUGGUAAAUCAGUGCCACCUGCUUUUACCAACAAAAAUUAUCAAAGGAAGUAUGAUUUGGGCACGCAGCAAUAUGAUCGAGAGUUUACUAUGGAGCCUACAAAUCAUCCUAGUGAUUUUAACCGUGCACGCACAUAUCAACAUAGUAUUUUUGGUGAACACUUGGAAGACAGUAGAAGCAAUAUGGAAGUACGAAACGUACGGAACAUUGAAAGCCGACUAGAAUCAUCACUGAAUGGAAGUCCAAGUAUUUCUCGGAAUAUUUACGUGGAUGGAAAGCAGCAAAAAUUAGCAAAUCAGGAGAAGUAUUUACAUAUUGAUACCAAAGAUUCAAAACCGAUACCGGAUGGAGACAGUGACAAAAGUAUACUAAAAAAUUAUUAUGGUGCCCCAACGAAUUACGACCUUUACAAAAAUGCAAAACAACCGUCAAGACAGUCAAAUAAAUGGUUCGGAUAUAUAGAUCAUGAAAAUAGCUCGAGUCCAUCACAAAAUUCAAUGUGUGGUAAUGCAAGUUAUAUCGGUGUUUGGGACCAUCAACAAUAUGAGUUGGGAUUGCUCAAGGGAGUCACCAAUUUGAAACGGUAUGAUAGCCGCAGCAAUAAAGCACUAGAUGAGGUACAGGCUCGUUUUCGUCGAAUCGAUCACAGUAUAGAGCGUCAUCCAGAAUUUCACUCGAAAAUUGUUGGUGAUCGUUUCCAACGUGGUUAUGGUGAAGAUAUUGGACGAGAAGUAAUGGAUAACGUUGCUGAAGUGGAAAAAGCUUUUGAUUUCGUCAACAAGGUAUAAUU